ACUUGGCGUUGCCGUUUUAAGAGCACUUUGAAGUCUCCAUUUGGUCAGUUCCUUGGCCUCCGGGUCUGACAUCUCGGCUAAUGAAAUUCCCUGAUAACUGGUCUGGAAGGGUUGAUGGACUAACAGAUAAAUCCCUUAAUUUCUUUAAACGGGUCUUCAGCCGUUCCGGUGUGAAAGGCGGUUUAAUGAUCAGUCAGACUUCAGAUGAAAGGGAAGCCAGAGGGUUAAUGAAUGAGCGAUUUCCUGCGCAAAUGAAACCAGCCAAAGAGCCACAGGUCGCCCCAAAGGAACAUUCAAAGAGACAGGACAGCAACAAAGGAAACGCCUGUACUUCGUAAUGCAUAUACUGUACUCAGGAUGAACGGAAGAGGUUCAUGUGUUCUGCCAGAUUAUUAAAUGUAUCAUUAAAAUACGCGGGCGAACACACGCACUGCAUCUCUCUAUAUAAACAAACAGGCUGUCCCACUUUGCAGCUCAAAUUCGCUUAACGAUUACAACCAGGAAUCAUUUAAUAUUCCUCAUAAAUUAUUCCUGAAGACAUUUAGUGUAGGUUCCCCGCCCCAUUCAGAAAGUUCCGUGGAUUGGCAUUAACAUUCUCAGCAUGAAUACGGUGGCAGGAGACAGUUGUUUUGGUGCAUUCAAAUGACUGGAGCUACAACAAAGAGGCGUUUAGGAAGUCGGGAUUUCCCCCCAGUGUGAUCUGAACACAAAAGCAUUAUCUAAGGGUAGGAGCUGCUGGAAAUGUUCAGCUCCUUAGUACCUGGACUUUCAAUAUUCCGAUGCACGGUUUCUAUUUUUUGUUGAAUUUCAGAUGCAUGCCAAGCCUACGGUGAAUGCUGGAAUUAGUGAUCGCUGCAGAUGGAGACCCGUAUGCAGCAUGGCGGUGGUGGUUCAUUGGUUGUAAUCCAGCAACCCUCUCUUGACAGCAGGCAAAGACUGGACUAUGAACGGGAGCUGCAGCACACUACCAUUUUAUCCCUCGAUCAGAUUAAAGCAAUCAGGACCAGCAAUGAAUACACAGAAGGCCCUGCUAUUGCAAAGAAGGCUAGUGGCAUUAAUAGCAGCAGACCCACACAACGGCAUGAGAAGCAUGAAAGGACUCAUGAAGUGAUACCGAUCAAUGUGAAUAAUAACUACGACCAUCGGUCCACUCACCAUGCACAUGCCGGUCACCACUCCUCGACCAGGAUGCCUGUGUUGAGCAGAUCGACUAGCACAGGUAGUGCAGCUAGCUCAGGGAGCAACAGUAGCGCAUCGUCUGAGCAAGGGCUUUUGGGGCGUUCACCACCGACACGGCCAACCUCCAGCCACCACAGAUCGGACAGGAUGGUUAGAAUACAGCCUAAACCGUCUCUCUGCACAACAGAUGAGCUGAAAUGCUUAGGGAAGGAGGAUCUGACAAAGCAUAGAUUUAUAUGUGAGCAAUGUGGGAAGUGCAAGUGCAGAGAGUGUACAGCACCGAGGACCCUCCCUUCACGUUUGGCUUGUAACAGGCAGUGCCUCUGCUCAGCAGAGAGCAUGGUGGAGUACGGUACGUGCAUGUGUUUAGUAAAGGGAAUCUUCUACCACUGCUCUAGUGAUGAUGAGGACUCCUGUGCGGAUAAUCCUUGCUCCUGCUCCCAUUCGCAUUGCUGCUCCAGAUUCUUGUGCAUGGGUUUAAUGUCCUUGUUUUUGCCCUGUUUACUCUGCUAUCUUCCAGCUAAGGGCUGCAUUAAACUUUGCCAGGGGUGUUAUGACCGUGUAAACAGGCCUGGGUGCCGAUGCAAGAAUUCAAAUACUGUGUAUUGCAAACUCAAGAGCUGUCCCACUCCAGGAGAGGACAAACCUUCAUGAUCUGGGGCAGCAGAGAUCUUUAACACUUUUUUUCAUUUUUUAUUUUGAAAUCAUGCCUGUGUGUUUAUCUACUUCGACCUCAGACUUGAUAUCGUCAAAGUGCAGCAACUGUUCUAAUCUUACCCGUUCUACAGUUGAGAGAUGGAUGCUCUUUGUCAACAUGGAAAACUCCAGUUCUGCCUGCCCGGCUUAGGAUUGUGUUGUUUCAGGUCCCCAGAGGUGAAGAGACAUUCAUAUCGCUUCAAAGGAUUAAACCAUUGCUUUCUCACCUGCAAGCAGCCCCCUUAACUAAUUUCUGUCGUCCUCAGAAUUUUCAUGUUGCACAAAAUAUUCUGGUAUUCUUCAAAAAAAUCAUCAAAGUUUAGCCUCAAUGAAACUAAUUAACCAGAUUCUGUGGGGGAAUUUGAUCUAUUUAAUGUAUGGAUGUUACAAUACAAUUGCAAAUCAGCAAGAUAAUUGGGGGGAACCACUAGUGCAAUGGUCACAAAGCCGUGGCCCGCACUAGAGUUUCUAACACAAAACUAUAUUCACUCUGAAAGAGCCAGAUUUUCUCAGACACCUAAAGUAAUAGGUUCUUUGGGUCUCAUUGUUCUUUUAUAAUUUUGUUACCUGUUUCCAUCUGUUGCAGAAUUCUCCUGAAAUUAUCCAGGUAAAUUUUCCCUGUUCCCUAAUCAAGAGAUUAAGCAGAUUUGAGAAUAAAGCUGUGUUCUCUGCUUUGUACUUAAUGUGCUUUACUGUGAAGGGGAGUGCUUUAUUCUGGCCACCUCAAACUACUUUAGCAACAGGGUUUCAUUAGUUAAGUUGUAUUAAUUGACAAGAUUUCCAUUGUUUGCUAUGUGUUGGGAAACUGUUAAUGUGCUACUUUUAUUCAGUUUAUAGUUUUACGAUAUUUAGCUGACCUUGGAAUUUUCACCUCUGUUGGUUUGUACGUUCUUGGGAACCAUUGUAGAAUGUAGAAUAUGAUCCAAGUUUUCAAAGAAUACAGCUUGGUUUAUUGGAUGAUACAUGGUGAGCUAGUAUUAUUUCAAAAUUUAUAGUAUACAGCAUGCCUCAAGUUCUUAACACAUCUGUAUGUUUAAGCAAGUUAAUAAAACAGUGGAAAAGAAUAAUGUUAUUUUAUAAGGAAAGUAAAAUGAUUUGUUUUAUCAUAAUUCAAAAUUCUGCACUUGUUCAAACAACAGCAAAUUAUAGCAAAGACUACAAUGUUCAGCAUAAUAUAAAACCUUUUUUUCAAAGGAUAGAUCAGUCUUGGGUUUUAUAUUUCAACCUAAGCACAGUGGGUGUUGUAGCACAGAAUGCUCAUUUAAUUUUCUAGUUUAAUGAUGUUUUAUACAGAGGAAUAACAAUAUUUUGUGAGAAGUGAUAACUGGGUAUCAGAGGUAUUAGCAAAAUGCCCUUGAUAAAUAUCAAUUUCUAAUUUAUUGUGACAUCCAUAAUUAAAUAUCAGGUUGACUUAAAAUUGUUGGGACCGUAUUCUGGUUUAUUUUCCUAAAUUAGCCCCAAUAAGUUCUCCUUCCUUCUGUCUCAAGCCAACCUGUGGCUUUAUCAUGUAUAUAUUUUAUGUUUUUAAAAAAGGUUUUGAGGAAUUCCAUGUGUUUUAAAAUGUCUCAAAACUUCUUUUGUUGUAAAGAAUAUUUAUUAUGUGAAGCUCUAUUAUUUUAUGGUAUUUAUUUCAAAAAGCUGUCUGAAAUUUUACUCAUUUCUGAAUAUAACAAAUAGCAUUACUUACUGAGAAAAAUUAAGGGUGGCACAAAAGAAAAUGCAUAUGUUAACUAUAAGGCAGAAAUAUAUAAAUUAAUGAAAAUAUCUUGUGUUGUCUGAAUCUUUUUCUAUAUAUCUUUUAUAUAUAUAUAUAUUUUGGAUUCCCAUGCAGUGUUCCAAGUAGACUUGUGCCAUCAUGCCUUAUUACUUCUCUCCAAAUGUUCCAAAAUGCUUGAUAUGAAUUGCCUAGGAAAUGUAGUCCAACUUCUGAAAAAUUAGCAGUACUUUAGAGGCCUUUGCUUCAAUUUUAAAAAUAACACUGAUUUUCAGUUAUUUACACCACUGCUGAUUCAAUCAUUCUUCAGCAGCAAGUGGAAUUAAACCCUUCUAAAGCUCAUAAUUGCUCCGUGGAUAAAUGCAAAAUGGUGGU